UCACAAUCCCUAAUCCAAGGGAAUGGAUGGUAACACAUGUUCUCAAUCCCUAUACUUAUUUUUCAGAUGAAGAUAUGUCACCGAUUUUAGAAGUACUCAACUAUCGUUCAGAUGAUACUCUACUAUCACAACCGUCAGAGGAAUUGCUAGUCCAUAAUUAUGAUUCAGAUAAAACACUGCAGUCUGUCAUAGAUGACGAAAAUGCUAUUAGAAGUCAAUCACAAGUGUCAGUGGCUGCCGAAAGUCUCGAUGAUGAUUCAUUAGAUUUAUCGACAACAGGUGUAAAGAGUUUGGAAAUUGAUGAAGAAGAAUCGCCAGUUACAUCGACAAUCGAAAGUAAUAUUCCAAAACAGCCAUUGUCACCGACAAUCGAAAGCAAUAUUCCAAAACAGCCAUUGUCACCGACAAUCGAAAGCAAUAUUCCAAAACAGCCAUUGUCACCGACAAUCGAAAGUAAUAUUUCAGAACAGUCGACUACCAAAAGUGAUAUUUCAGACCAGUCGGCUACCAAAAGUGAUAGUGAUAUACUUAUAGAACAUUCAGCAUCAUCAUCGAACGAAAGCAUCGAUGAUGAUGAUAUUUCUGACAUAUCACAACUAACCUUAAUCAAAGACAAUCGAAAGUAAUAUUCCAAAACAGCCAUUGUCACCGACAAUCGAAAGUAAUAUUCCAAAACAGCCAUUGUCACCGACAAUCGAAAGUAAUAUUCCAGACCAGUCGACUACAAAAAGAUACGAAUAUGAUAUUGAUAUAUGUAUAGAAUAAUCAGAAUCAUAAUCGAACGAAAGUUCCUAAAUACUGGUUAUUAGUAUGCCCUUAGGUUACCAUGUAUGCUGUGUGUUCAUUUUUUUACUUAAUAAAAGAUUUAUAGAAAUUAACUUAGGUGGCCAUGUUCCUUGAAGUUAGAAAUACUGUGUUACAGAUUUAAAGAAAUUAACUUGCUUUGUUGAUAAAUGUUUUUUUUUCACUUUAUAGAAAUUAACUUAGGUGGCCAUGUUCCUUGAAGUUAAAAAUACUGUGUUACAGAUUUAAAGAAAUUAACUUGAAAAAUGUUAAAAAAAAGAAAAAUGUUUUUUUUUUCACUGUUGAUGUGUGUUCAUUUUUUACUUAAUAAAUAAUUAAUUUUC